GUUUGGCUUUUAUUUCUCACUAUUAGGCUGACAUGCCUCCCCGGAAGCGCACCAGAGAUGAUGGCGACGAGCCUGUUGCCAAACGGCGAUCUUCACGCCAAGCGGCCGCGGCAGCAGCAGCAUCAAUUAAGAAGCCCGAUGUGAAGGAUCAGGCAUCGGUAGAUAAGGCAAAGAAAGCUGCGCCGUCUAGGACCAAGGAGAGAACUACCGCUAGUGAAAAGGAUGAGAGCAAGGGUGAUAGCGUUAAGAAGACGAAUAGGGCUACAGCUAAAUCUGCUACGGCUACUACAGUUGAGAAGAAGACACCUGCCAAGAAGGGCAGCAAAGCCAAGGCUAAGAGAGAAGAAGUCGAUGAUGAUGGUGAGGUGAAGGAAGAAACAAAGACAUCAUCAAAGAGUGAGAAAGUUGCCAAGGAUGCUGCUAAAAGCUCGCGGGCCGUGUCUGAAGACCCUGAUAUCGACUCCAUCCCAACUACCAACCCAGAUGCGCCGCGCCAUGACGGCGAAUGGUACUGGCUGAUGAAGGCAGAGCCAGAGUCUCGCUUUGAGAACGGCAUUGAUGUCAGGUUCUCGAUCGAUGAUUUGAGGUCGAGGGAGAAGCCUGAGGGAUGGGAUGGUAUAAGAGCGUAUGCGGCGCGUAAUCAUAUGAGGAAUAUGAAUGCGGGUGACAAGGCUUUCUUUUACCACUCCAAUUGCAAAGAGCCUGGCAUUGCGGGCGUCAUGGAGAUUGUAAAGGAGUUUUCUGAAGACAAAUCUGCUCGCCGUCCGGGAACACCAUACUACGACCCGCAGUCCUCAAAGGACAACAUCCGCUGGAGCCUGGUCCACGUCGAGUUCAGGAAAAAGUUUGCCGUGCCCAUCGGCCUCAAGGAGCUGCGCGAGCUGGGCAAGCCUGGCGGUCCGCUGGAGAAUAUGAUGAUGCUGAAGCAGGGACGGUUGAGUGUGAGUAGGGUUAGUGCGGAGGAGUGGAAGGCGCUCAAUGAGAUUGCGGAUAAGAAGGCCCAGGAGGCUGGUCUGAAGCAUGAGACGACUAAACUUGUGAAGUGAGGUGUAGUUGGCCC